CGAGUUUUAUGCCUUCGAAAUUUUUGGAAUUGUGAUAGCUCAUGGAUACCGUCUGGCAUUUUUUCCCCCUCGUUUUGAUUCGUUCUUGGGAGGGCCGAGGGAGAAACACACAGAGAGUUUGGGCAAAUGGAGUUGGCAGACAUGCGGUCUAGGGAACGGGCAUGCUUUACUCUGCUUUUUUGUUGGAAGUUCCUUUUUUUCUUCCGCUUGCUUCUAUUUCGAACGAAGUCGCAGUCGCAAUCACAUGGGAGAAGGGAAGGGGUGAAGGAAAUACCAUUCUCGAUGAAAUCAUUUUUUCUCGCUGCUUCGCUAGCAAGUAAGCCCUUUUUUUCUUCUUGGGCUUUUUAUUACGGGAUUUUUAUCGAUUCUGGGCAGACGAAAGGAGAUGAAAGUGAAGAUGACGGCGGCAAGGCUUUGGUCAAGUCAGGUCGUCGCUUGUUUUUUUAUAUCCCGGCUUUAUAUCCCCUCCCCAUCAACCACGACACAAGCUUUCGGCGGAAGCAGGAAGAGUCGGGUCGAAGAGUUGCACACACAAAAGAUAGGAUUGCCUCAUUCUAGGCUUUCUUGUGUAAACGCUUUGCUGCUAACAUACACUUUUUCGCCUCGCUUCUUCUACCUCAUCUUCGAGGCAUACCUUUUCUCGUGUUACCAUGUGCUAGCCUCGCCUGCAUGU